UUUGGUCACUCUCAUUUCUCAGAGAAUCCAAGCUACCCCGAGUUUUUCGCUCCCCUCUCGGAAAGACAGCAACACGCCCGUAACUGGAGAGACUUAUGCUCAACCUUCUGGCAGAAUGUAUUCGUUAUCAACUCCAGCUCAUCAAAGGCUUCAAUCUUCUUCGCCUGUUUCCAUUCCAGCGACGGCUCAUAACCCUUUAUUGGGAGACUGGACUACUCUGAUGAAAACCACGUCAUCGCGAAAUUUCUUAAGCAAAAAGCCUCAUACAAGAGUCGAUCCGUCAUCGACUCCUCACAGACGAUUUGUUACUGAAAUACACGUUUACACUUCGUUUCAAGGCCCUCAAUCAUCGUCACCAAUGUCAACCACCUUUUCAACAAUUGUAGCUCAAGGCCCAACGGGUAAACCAGACAGGCCACCAAUUUUGAAGUUCCCUUGGCACUUAACACCUUUUCUGGUCAUCAUAUUUAUCAUCCUUGUGGUUCUUGCAACUUACUACUUACGUGUUCCUGACAUUGUUCAAGCUAUCAUCCUUGCAGUAAAGGAAAAGAGGAAAAAAGAGAAGGAAUCGAAAGCAAACGACCUUGACCUCGAUACCGCAAACCUCGACUUGAGGAAGGGCAACUUCUCCACGGAAGGUUUGCAAACAUCGCACUUUCAUUCUUACCAGAGAGAGGUGUUUUACGAGGAGGCACUAAACUACGCAUUUUUUGAGAUGGCAGCAAUGAAAACCGUCGAAUUCUCUGUUCGGCUUGAUGAUGAAAACCAGCAAAAUUCAGAAUCGGAGGAAUCUGUGGAAAUAUCUUGUGAAAUGGAAGAGGAAGCCGUCAAUAAAAAGCAAGGGUCUGAUACACUAAGUGAGAUGUUCCAUGCUUGUGACUCUGAUAUUGAAACAAACAAACAUGUACAAAAACGGUUUCCUUCCGUGGACCUAAGAAGGAGGAGCAACGACUUACAACUCCAACAUACAGCGCCUUCGUAUGAAAUGUAGGAUUAAAUUUUCAUAAUCUUUUACGAGCUGGCAAUACUGCUUCUAUGAAAAUAGUGAAUAGA